AUGACCGGCGCCGAGGCCGAGACCCCGGCCCCCCUGGGCCUGCUGGCGGAGCUGACCCACCGCUGCCCGCUGCGCUGCCCCUACUGCUCCAACCCGCUGGAGCUGGAGCGCCGCUCGGACGAGCUGGACACCGCCACCUGGACCCGCGUGUUGAGCGAGGCGGCGGCCCUGGGCGUGCUGCAGGUCCACCUCUCCGGCGGCGAACCGACGGCGCGGCGCGACCUGGAGGCGCUCGUCGCCCACUGCGCCGACCUGGGGCUCUACAGCAACCUCAUCACCGCCGGGGUCAACCUGCCGCCGGCGCGCCUGGCGGCGCUGGCAGAGGCCGGGCUGGACCACGUACAGCUCUCGCUGCAGGGGCCCGAGGCCGCCGGCAACGACCGCAUCGCCGGACUGCCCGGGGCCUUCCACCAGAAACUGGCCCUGGCCGGCGAGGUCCGCGCGCUCGGCCUGCCGCUGACCGUCAACUGCGUCGUCCACCGCCACAACAUCGCGCGGCUGCAGGAGGUGAUCGACCUGGCGCUGGCGCUGGGCGCCCAUCGGCUGGAGAUCGCCCACGCCCAGUAUUACGGCUGGGCCCUGCGCAACCGCGCCGCCCUGAUGCCCCGGCGCGCCCAGGUCGAGGCGGCGAUGGCGACGCUCGAGCGGGCCCGCACGGCCCAGGCCGGGCGGCUGGUGAUCGACGCGGUGGUGCCGGACUACUACGCCCGCCUGCCCAAGCCCUGCAUGGGCGGCUGGGGCCGGCGCUCGCUCAACGUCACCCCGAGCGGCCGCGUGCUGCCCUGCCAUGCGGCCGAGACGAUUCCCGGCCUGACCUUCGACAACGUGCGCAGCCGCCCGCUGGCCGAAAUCUGGUACCAGGGCGCCGCCUUCGCCGCCUUCCGCGGCACCGACUGGAUGGUCGAGCCCUGCCGCUCCUGCGAGCGGCGGGAGAUCGACUGGGGCGGCUGCCGCUGCCAGGCGCUGGCGCUGACCGGCCGAGCGGAGAACGCCGACCCGGCCUGCCACAAGUCGCGCCACCACGCCGCGCUGCUGGAGCUGGCCGACGCGGAGUCCGAGGCCGAAGCGCAGGGCGAGACGGGCACCGCCUUCGUCUACCGGGGCUUCGCGACACCGCAGAAAUGA